CAAAGUGACCACGGACCAAGCAGUCUUAAAUGAGUAGGGAAGACUAACCUCCAGUCCCUCAGAAAGAAGACUUGCUCAUCUGAAAUUCACCACCACCUUUGUGGAAUCAUCAAAGUAGCCAAGGAUUUAAAAGAGCACAAGAAGUGAGCUGAUUUCCAGUACCUCUUGCCUUCCUAUUGAAUACAAAAGUGUGUGAAGACUAUUCAAAUAUGUCAGAGACAUCCUCCCAUGACUCCUUCUAUGAUUCCCUGUCAGACAUGCAGGAUGACAGCAAGACUACUGACUUCUUCCCUCAGCUAUCUGCUUUCCUCAGCCAGGAAGAGAUAGACAAGAGUCUUUACUUGGCUCGAAGGGCUAUAGUCAACUCUGAUACAGAAGAUUUUGACUCAGAAAAGGAGAUCUCUCAGAUUUUUAAUACCUCUUCUGGCAGCCUUUGUGAAACCCCUUCCCAUAAGGAGGCUAAAUUGGGUGAGACACCCUCCCCAGGGAGACCUCAGUGUAACAGGUCAACACCUGUGCAGACUCUGCCAGAAGAACAAACAGAAAGCAUCUCUUCAACUGUUUCCAAGAAGAGACCUGCUAUAUCACCUUUGCUUGCCAGGCCCAGCUAUAUCCGGAGUCUCCGAAAAGCUGAAAACCAUGGAGCAAAAACUCCCAGCACAAGUGUGAAACCCAAACCUGUGAGUCCAGGUAAGGCUGGCCCCCAGAGCCAGCUGUGUGACAAGGCAGCUAAUUUCAUCGAGGAACUCACAUCUAUAUUCAGAGAAGCAGCAAAACCAAGAAAUAGAAGCCCAAAUGGCGAGUCUUCGUCUCCAGACAGUGGGUACUUGUCUCCUAAAAAUCAGCCGUCUGCCCUAAUGAGUGCCUCAGCCAGUCAGAGCCCCACUGAAGACCAACAGGAGAUGGAAACAGAGGGCAAGUCAGCAGAGGCCAGAGACUGCCACCAUGCUGACCAGGAUGUAGCAGUGCCCUUCCAUAGUAUUUCCCACCCCCAGAUCCAGGGUGCACUUCACUUGCCAGCAGCUCCUCGAUUCAUCCAGAAGCUUAGAAGUCAAGAAGUGGAGGAAGGAAGUCGAGUUUAUUUGGAGUGUAGAGUAACUGGAAACCCAGCUCCUCGAGUCAGAUGGUUCUGUGAGGGGAAAGAGCUAUACAACACACCUGAUGUUCAAAUCCACUGUGAAGGUGGAGAUCUGCACACCCUGACCAUAGCAGAGGCUUUUGAGGACGACACAGGUCGCUAUACCUGUCUGGCUACAAACCCCAGUGGUUCAGACACAACAUCUGCUGAAGUGUUCAUUGAAGGUGCCAGUUCAACUGAUUCUGACAGUGAAAGUUUAGUCUUCAAAUCAAAACCUGGAGCUAUGCCACAAGCUCAGAAGAAAACAACUUCUGUUUCCUUGACAAUAGGAUCAUCAUCUCCAAAAGCAGGAAUAACUACAGCUGUGAUCCAGCCAUUAUCUGUCCCUGUUCAGCAGGUUCACAGUCCAACUUCAUAUCUCUGCCGACCUGAUGGAACCACUUCUGCCUACUUUCCUCCUGUUUUCACAAAGGAACUGCAAAAUAUAGCAGCAUCAGAGGGCCAGGUGGUAGUUCUGGAGUGCCGGGUUCGAGGAGCACCCCCUCUGCAGGUCCAGUGGUUCCGGCAAGGGUGUGAAAUCCAAGACUCUCCUGAUUUCAGAAUUCUACAAAAAAAACCUAGAUCUACAACUGAACCUGAGGAGAUUUGUACCCUGGUGAUUGCUGAGACUUUCCCUGAAGAUGCCGGGAUCUUUACAUGCUCAGCAAGAAAUGAUUAUGGAUCUGUAUCCAGCACUGCCCAACUGCUUGUCACCUCAGCCAAUGCUGACAACUGUAGCUAUGACUCAAUGGGAGAAUCCAACAAUGAUGACUUCUCAAAUUUUCCACCUCCCCCUCCAAUUUUAGAGGCCAAUUCCUUUGAAUUGGCUUCAAAGAAUCCAGCUGAAAUCCAGCAGGUGACCAGUCCUGAGUUAGGGCUCAACAUGGCAGCUCUUCAAAUGCAAUUCAGUUCUGCUGAGGGUGAAACAAAUGGAGUCUACCCUAGCCAUGUAGUAAAUGGACUGAUUAAUGGCAAGACUAACAGCAGUAAAUCUCUUCAAAUACCAGCUGUUCUGCUUUCACCCAUUAAGGAGCCACCACCUCUGCUUGCCAAACCAAAACUGGACCCUCUUCAGAUCCAGCAGCUCCAGGACCAGAUCCGCCGCGAGCAGGAGGCGGGCGCCCUACCCAGCGCGCCGCCCUCGCCGCCCUUCCCGCCGCCGCCGCCGCCCGCCUGCCCGGAGCCCAUGAGCGCACUGGCGCCCCGCUCGGCGGCCGCCAUGCAGUCGUCCGGCUCCUUCAACUACGCGCGCCCCAAGCAGUUCAUCGCCGCGCAGAGCCGCGGCCCCGCGUCGGGCCCCGCCACGCCCGUCUCCAGCCCCAGCUCGUCCAGCCUGCCGUCGCCCCUGUCCCCCACGCCCAGGCAGCUGGGCCGCGCACCCGCGCCUCCUUUCGGCGCCGAGGUGGAAGCUCCAUGGGGCCCGUCCUCGCCAUCGCCUCCUCCACCGCCGCCUCCGGCCUUCAGCCCGCUGGGCAGCGCCUUCCCGGCUGUGCCCGACGUGUUCCCGCUGCCGCCGCCGCCCCCGCCGCUGCCCAGCGCCGCCCCGGCCGCGCACUGCGCUCAGCCCGCCGCCCGCUUCAGCCCCAGCCAGGCGCCCGCCGCCUUCCUCAGCGCCCUGCUGCCCUCGCAGGCCCCGCCGCCAGCCGUCAACGCCCUGGGCCUGCCCAAGGGUGUCGCCCCCGCAGGAUUCCCAAAGAAGACCAACAGAACUGCUAGAAUAGCUUCUGAUGAGGAAAUUCAAGGCUCAAAGGAUGCUGUCAUCCAAGACCUGGAACGAAAACUUCGCUUCAAAGAGGAUCUUCUGAACAACGGCCAGCCGAGGUUAACCUAUGAAGAAAGAAUGGCUCGCCGAUUGCUUGGUGCUGAUAGUGCAACUGUCUUUGCUGUUCAGGAGCCAGAAGAGGAAAUAGCUAAUCAGGAAAUUGGGUCUCCUCAUGCUUCUGUAGGGAGUCCUCAGGAUGGUCAAAAGGAAUACAAAGUGUCCAGCUGUGAACAAAGACUCAUCAGUGAAAUUGAGUACAGGUUAGAAAGGUCUCCUGUGGAUGAAUCAGGUGAUGAAGUUCAGUAUGGGGAUAUGCCUGUGGAAAAUGGCGUGGCACCAUUCUUUGAGGUGAAGCUGAAACAUUUCAAGAUCUUUGAGGGCAUGCCUGUAACUUUCACAUGCAGAGUGACUGGGAAUCCAAAGCCAAAGAUCUAUUGGUUUAAGGAUGGGAAGCAGAUCUCCCCAAAGAAUGAUCACUAUACCAUCCAAAGAGAUCUUGAUGGGACCUGCUCUCUCCACACCACAGCCUCAACCCUAGAUGAUGAUGGGAAUUACACAGUUAUGGCUGCAAACCCUCAGGGCCGUGUCAGCUGUACUGGACGGCUAAUGGUGCAGGCUGUCAACCAGAGAGGCCGCAGUCCCCGCUCUCCCUCAGGUCACCCACAUGUCAGAAGGCCUCGUUCCAGAUCAAGGGACAGUGCAGAUGAAAAUGAACCAAUUCAGGAGCGAUUCUUUAGACCUCACUUUUUGCAAGCUCCUGGAGAUCUGACAGUUCAAGAAGGAAAACUCUGCAGAAUGGAUUGCAAAGUCAGUGGCUUACCCACACCUGAUUUAAGUUGGCAACUAGAUGGAAAGCCAAUUCGCUCUGACAGUGCUCACAAGAUGCUUGUGCGUGAAAAUGGGGUGCAUUCUCUGAUCAUAGAGCCUGUCACGUCACGUGAUGCUGGCAUCUACACGUGUAUAGCUUCCAACCGAGCAGGACAGAACUCAUUCAGCUUGGAGCUGGUGGUUGCUGCUAAAGAAGCACACAAACCUCCUGUGUUUGUGGAGAAACUACAAAACACAGGAGUUGCCGAUGGGUACCCUGUGCGACUGGAAUGCCGCGUUUCAGGAGUGCCACCACCCCAGAUAUUCUGGAAGAAAGAAAAUGAGUCACUCACUCACAGCACUGACCGAGUGAGCAUGCAUGAGGAUAAUCACGGCUACAUCUGCCUGCUCAUUCAGGGAGCCACAAAAGAAGACGCUGGGUGGUAUACAGUGUCAGCCAAGAAUGAAGCAGGGAUUGUAUCCUGCACUGCCAGACUGGAUGUGUACACCCAGUGGCAUCAGCAGCCACAAAGCACCAAGCCAAAAAAAGUACGGCCCUCAGCCAGUCGCUAUGCAGCACUAUCGGACCAGGGGCUAGACAUCAAAGCAGCCUUCCAACCUGAAGCCAGCCCAUCUCACCUGACGCUUAACACUGGCUUGGUAGAAAGUGAGGACCUGUAAUACAGCAGUCUUACUAAAUCUGAAGCCAGCAUAUCCUUAUGUCACAGUAUGUAAAGGGCAAAAACAUACCAAACUUCAGAGUUUCAGUAGGUGAUGCUAAUAGAAUUGUCCACAUUACACAAAUUCACAUUCGCCAUCAAACUUUAAAAAUUGCUGUGAUUGAAGAGGUCUGAAAUGCUAAAGGAAGUCAGUUGUUCAAAGGUAACCACAAUUUGUAUUCUCAAAAGUGCCGCUAAACACUAGCUAUAGGUGCUAAAAUAGUGUGGAAUUAGUGAAACAACCUUCAAGUGGCGGUGUAUUCAGACAGCUAUGGUGAACCAGGUCUGUUAAGUGAAGACGAAGAGGAAAUCCAAGUAAAUGCCUUGGCUUUGCACAUUUUUUAUCAAGUUUUCUAACAAGUUCAUACCUUAUUUCUUUUGAAGUGUAGCAUUCUCUUUUACCUUGGUAGGAAGCUUAUUUGCAAACGGUGUUAAAAAGGUAAUUUAAAUAUGUCAUAUAAAAAUAUUCUGAAUAAAACAAAUAUAUUCCAGGAAAGGCAUCCAAAUCACUCAAAUGACCAAGGCAUAGUAUUUGGAGGGAAAUUCAAAAGUCAGGGAAUCUAGCUAGGGUCAGUUGGAAGCUUGGAACACCCAGGUGCUAUAGAAAUUUCAGUGUGUCUGAAAUUUGUGUAGUGGUUGAAGAGUUUAGACGAGUAGAGCAAGUUGAAAAUGGACUGGGAUGGCAAGAUUAGCGUAAGUGAGAAAUUGAUAGGAGGUAGUUUACUUGAGAGAAUGGCACCAUGAUAUGGUAAAAGGAAAAUAUCUACUUUCCUGCUACCAAGUACUUUGUAAAAGGCAUUAGCAAAGACUUUUAUUGUACAUGAUUCUGCAUCAGCUAAACUUAAACUGAAGUUGACCAGACUUGACUGUUUUAAGUCGGAACCAAUAAUUUUUCAAAGAAGAAAAAUAGUUUGGCCUAAUAUAAAAAACAUGAGGCUUUAAUGGUACUUUGCUAUGAAAAGAAAACACUGUAUUCCUUAUGCAAAACACAUAUAUCUCACUAUUUAUAAUAAAAAAUGUUGAACUUUCUUAGCUCAGUUACUCAAUAUGUAGUAUUUUUAAAUGAUUUUAUAUUUGUGUAAUACCCCAUAUAUUUGAUAUUACUGCUUCACAUGUACAGCUUUCUACUUCUUUGUAAGAACACCAACCAAAUUUUAAAUGAUCAAUAGACAUGAGCACUGGCUGGCAGAUGUACUAUAGAGAGUGGUACAAGUUUCUUAUACCUAUCAUCUGUGUUGUGUCUUACUUGCCAAAUUUUUCUGAAUGUGACUUUUUGCUAAUUUGCUGGGUUUGGGAUUAUGUAGUAAGCAUUAUUGGCCACCUUUUAUUAUAUAUAUAUAUAUAUAUAUAUAUAUAUAUAUAUAUACUAUCAUACUACUUUGGGUUGUUGUGCUGGUGUAAUGUUGAUUUAACAUCAAUAAAUAUUUAAUAAAUAAUAAUUGUGAUGCAAAGUUCCCAAGAAGGUAUAAUAAAAUUCAAAACAGCCAAAAGUGUAAGGGUGAUGAUGGGUUUACCAUUUACAAAAUUAGUAUGAAGGUUAAAAAUUCAAGAUGUACAUUGUACUCUCAAAAAUAAAAUCCAUAGGAGGAAAGAGAUCAUAAAACAGCCAGAACAAAUGACCAUACCUAUCAGUAAAUCACUGUAAAUGGGUUAAUUCUCUAAUCAAAGAAGAUAGAGUGAAUUUUAAAAAGCCCAUCUAUAUCCUACUUCAGAUGUAAAGACACAGAAAAUUGACGUGUGAAGAAACAAAAGACACUCCACACAUAUAGAAAUAAAAAUAAAA